CUCCCUCUCUCCCUCCCUCCCUCUUUCUGCAUAGCAGGGCGAGUUUGGGGCUCAGUGCUCUAACCCAGCCAUGAGCAUCAUCGGGGCUGAGGAUGAGGACUUCGAGAAUGAUCUGAAUGAUGUGACGGAGGACCAGUGCACACACUUCAACAACAUCGAUCUGUUGAAGUCACGGCCGACCCACCUGCUGGUCUUCAUGCAACAUGUCAUCCUACAGUUUGAACCCGCUCCCCUGCUGUGUUACCUCCAUGCUGACCUCUUCAAAAGCCUCAGUGCCAAAGAAACCAAGAAGCAGUUUGUGGAGUUCUACAACACCUUCUUGGACAAAGGGGCAAUUCUCCGAGUGGCACUUCCACCAAAUGUAGCCCAUGAAUUGGAACGGACCCGUGCAGAUCUGCUCCACGAGGACACCCAGAGGCGUUACGUUCAGGAGGUUCAGAGCCUGCAGGCGGCUGAAGUGGCCAAGCAGCUGGAAGAUUUCAGGCAGAAGAGGAUGAUGGGUAUGACGCCCAGCGAGGCUGAUCUCAGCGACGUGGAGAGCCACAACUCCACCAACCGCAUCCCCAGAGAGAUGAAGGAGAGGUCUGUGGCCGAGAACCUGCUGGACAAGAUGUCCGAGACGCAGCAUGAGCAACAGAUCAGACACGUGACGCAGCAUCAGCAGCUUCUCCCACUGACGGCUCAGAGUCUCCCUGCAGGGAAAUCCUCUUUGUCCCAGCCCAGCGCGUCUUUCAACAGGAUGUACCAACAGAAGGAGAGAUACCACGUGGACGACAUCUCAGUCCUACGAGGAGAUACCACGUGGACAUCUUCCAGUCCUAUGAGAGAUACCACGGUGGACAUCUUUCGCAGGUCCUACGAGAGAUACCUCUUGGACAUUUCCGGUCCUACGAGAGAUACCACCGUGGACAUCUUCCAGUCCUAG